AUGUUUAAAAUUGCCGAAACUCAAUACAUUAACAAUCGCGAAGUUGGUGCGGGGUUCUUGACAUUUGAAGUAACAGCUGAUAUCCAGCUAUUUCUACACUCGCCUUUCGAAAUACCAUUCCUUACGGCCGAAGGUAUGAUACGCGAAACAGUGCUACAAGGUCUGAACAAAGAAGUCGUUAUAAAUGCCAUGGAAGUCUUUAAUCAUCCGAGUUUGGAUAACAUUGAUAUGGAGGAGCGAAAGUGUCGCUUCUUUAGUGAACUCACUGAGUUGGGGAGACACCUAAAGCUUUACAGUUUUUAUAGUUUCUCAACAUGUGUGGUGGAGUGUGCCUUCUCGAUACAUUUGAAAUUCUGCAAUUGCAGUAAUCACUUUUUGGCCAAGGAAGGAUCUCCCCAUUAUCACAUGUGUGAUUACGAAGGCCUUAUGUGUCUAACGGAUUAUUAUUAUGAUAUAUUGGAAGAACGUCGCCAAUGCGAUUGCAUGAGUCCUUGUGAGGAACCGGAAUAUAAUAUUAUAUUUAAUUCUGCAGAGGAGUAUGUUAGUUCAAUAUUUAUAAUCAGAAUCAAUAAUAAAUGUUUAUUUCUUUUCUAAGAAAUAAAAAGAAAAAGACAGACUUCACCAAAAUUCGAGUGGGCCUGGCGGAAUUGCCUACUCUGCGCU